UAGUGCCUUACCGUCGACCGACGCAUCAUUACGUUUUGUUUUCAUUCAAAAAUCGUUUAAAACAAGCGUAUUUAUAGCAAAAUAUUCGUAAAAUUUACUUUUUAAUAGUUGAAAGUGAUUAAUAUUGAAUUUGAAAGUGUUUUUGUCGUGUAUUUGUGGGUACGGUGGCCAUUUUGGAAUCGGACGCGAUCAAAAUCGGUUCGUGAUGACUGACUUCGAACCCAUAUCCUUCACGCACAAGAACACAAAGCAGCUAAUAGAGCUAGUCCAAGCGCGCCCUUGUCUAUGGGACAGGCAAGCUCCUGACUAUAAGGACAGAUUGGCUAGAGACCGGGCCUGGGCCCAGAUAUUUGAGGAGUUGGACCCACAGUUUACGGAAUACAGUGCUACCUCUAAACAGGACAUAGGUACAACAAUAAUGAAGAAAUGGUACAACAUCAGGGACUCGUAUGUGAAGUCGUUGAAGCCGGACUACCUCGGGCGCCGGAACCGGACUUACAUACACGCGGAACUACUUCGAUUCUUAGACGAUUGCUACAUUGAAAAAAUCAACACCAGCUUUCUAAUCAAACAAAGAAGGAAUCCAGAAGAUUUUGAUGAAUUAGACACCGAAGACCCAGAAAGAGACGAAACAGAACCUUGGGAACAGAAAGUAUUCGUCACUUUAGAAGAAGAACCAGCACAGAAGAGAGCGAGAACAGAAUACAGUCCGGAGCAAAGAGAAAAUAAAACAAAUGAGGAAGACAUUAUAUCUAUCCUUUCGAAUCUAAUACAAAAGGAAGAGGACGAAGAUAGGGCGUUUUUCAAAUCGAUAACGCCUUCCGUUAAAAAGUUGUCUGAGAAUUCGAAAUUUAAGUUUAGAAUAGAAGUUUUGAAGCUGAUAAAGAAUUUACGGGCCAAAGAUAAGGAGACAGAAACGGAGGAAUCAAGUAAUAAUAGUGAUAGUGAAUAA